AUGGAGCCUGUUCAGCACGAACGCGGACCAAGAAAUUCGACGAUACGAAAACAGAUGGCGCUCUAUUUGAAGGAAACAACAGGCAGAGACGACGUCACCGCAACAAUUCCCUCAAACUUACGUCACGGACCAACAUUUAUGAAUACAUUAUUAGGAGGUGAAUCACCAUAUAUGGGCAUCACUGUGAGUACACUAGAUUCCCUGCCAUCGGUCACAGUAACAGAAACUCCUACACCUAUCAUCUGCCAACCAAUGCCAAAGUAUCCAUAUGAACUAACACCUUCGUACUGUAGUAAUCCAGAGGCAAUAUGUGAAACUGCCGCCAGGUUAUUAUUUAUGAGUGUUAAAUGGGCCAAAAAUGUCCCAGCAUUCCUCAGUCUUCCGUUUAGAGAUCAGUUACUUUUACUUGAAGAGGGAUGGCGGGAAUUAUUUGUACUGGGAGCAGCGCAGUGGCAGAUGUGUAUGGAAAUUGGUCCAUUGCUAGCCGCUGCAGGUCAGCUACAUUUCAGACUUAGCACAGAACAUACAAAUCCAGAGAAAAUAGUUGCAAUUAUGAGCGAAAUGAGGACAUUUCAAGAAAUUAUCGCAAAAUUUAAACAAAUGCAGGUAGAUGCAACUGAGUACGCAUGUCUGAAGGGAAUUAUCAUAUUCAAAUCAGUAUUUCCAGACUCGCCGCAAGAGAUUCGAGGUGUACGCGACUUUCAUGGCGUAGCAACACUCCAAGACCAAGCACAGUUGACUCUUAGCAAAUACAUUCAUACCAAAUAUCCAACUCAACCGUUUAGAUUUGGAAAACUGUUACUGAUGUUGCCCCAGUUGAGGGCGAUACGACCGAGCACAAUAGAGGAACUCUUUUUCCGUAAAACUAUCGGCAAUAUUCCGAUUGAACGAUUGCUCUGCGAUAUGUACAAAGCAAAUGAUUUUUAAAUUAUAUGUUACCGCAGUAAUUACUUUUAAUUUAUUAUCAUUCAUGACAGAAGUUACUUAAUAUUUUUCAAUAACUUGGGGAGACAUACUCCCUUGCUCCUAUAUUUAAACACACAGUUAACUGAUUUAUUUAUAAGGCAAUGAGCUUUAAAAAAUGAUGACAGAAACAUUGCUUCCACAUUUCGAGUUAUUGUUUUUAAGUGUUUUACUUAAAGUAUUAUUUACAUAGUAAAUUUGUAACCCGAGUGCAUUCCGCUGUGCCUUAAAGAGUUCAUGUUGCCUAAUAUAUCAGAAGACUAUUGGAAUAACGUUAUCAGUUUGUUCGUGCUGAAAUGUGUAUUUUUGUAAAUAGUAUCGUUACAUGGUGUUAAUAAUCAUGGUAUUUUUUAAAUUAUUGAGUACAUUUUCUAAGAAAAUUGUCUUUUUUUAAACAAA